AUAUACAAGUACACAAAGACAAACCAGCAACCACAAAGCAGCUUCUCCCCCCAGAUUAUUCACUUCCAAGGCAUUUCAUCUUAUUCACUUCCAAAGGGGUACCCUGAGAUCACAAAGGAUCACAAAACUAUGGCCAAGGGAGUUGCAGUUCUGAACAGCAGUGAGGGUGUUAAGGGGACCAUCUUCUUCACCCAUGAAGGAAACGGUGCCACUACUGUGACAGGAACUGUUUCUGGCCUUAAACCUGGUCUCCAUGGUUUCCAUGUCCAUGCUCUUGGUGACACCACUAACGGUUGCAUGUCUACCGGUCCACAUUUCAACCCUGAUGGUAAAACUCACGGUGCACCGGAGGAUGCUAAUCGUCAUGCUGGCGAUCUAGGAAACAUCAUUGUUGGGGAUGAUGGAACUGCCACCUUCACAAUCACUGACAGCCAGAUUCCCCUUAGUGGUCCAAACUCUAUUGUCGGAAGGGCCGUUGUUGUCCACGCAGACCCUGAUGACCUCGGAAAGGGAGGCCAUGAACUCAGCUUGUCUACUGGAAACGCAGGCGGCCGUGUUGCUUGUGGUAUUAUUGGUCUUCAGGGCUAAGCUGUUGCUUUUCGACGAAGAGAGUGAUGUAAUAAGGAGGUUCGACCUCUAGACAUGGCUAGUUUGUGUAUCUUUGGUGUGUGUGUGUGUGGCUGUAAUAAUUGAGCUUAGUGGCUCAUUGCUUUUGGUUUAAGACGAAAGAACACAUAAUGUUUUCUGUUUCAUGAAUAACAGAGAUGGUUGAAAACAAUAAAAUAAUAUUGAUAUGAUA